GCGGGAGUUGGAGCUCCGUGGGACAGGCUGAGGGCAGACCACUUCGGUGAACCCAUCGGCGAGAGGGCACGAUGCCGCGAAGUCAGUCUCGGGUGUUUGAGGAUGGGGGGGAGGACGAGAAUCGGAAGGCGCAGAAGAAGUGUUGCGCGUACAAGUACAUCCGCGUGGGACAGAGUCUCGACGAGAGAUUCCGCGGCAAUCGCAUGUUGAAGUGCGUUUUUUGCGGCCACGAGUUCCAGGGCAACCAGUUCGUGGCGGCGCGCCAUUUCCGCCAGGGCAAGAGAUGUCUGGAAGUGACCGACGAGGCACUUGUCGACAUCCACUACAACAGUGAGUACCAGAUGUCUGACAAGUUCCUAGAGCGGAUCCAGCAAUUUGAGGAGCUUCACGGUGCGGCGCCAGCGACGGAUCCGCGACGGGACGAGGGGGGGGAGGGAGAGAUGAGGGACGCGGAGGAGCAGAUCGACGUGGACGACGACGUCGAGGAGGUUGCACGGACGGGGUCGUCAGGGAGGGAGCGAGGGAAGGGCGUUGUCAGCGAGCCGGGGGGGCAGCAGGGCCAGUACUUUGCGUCAGCGCACGUGUCUGUUCGUACACGGGCAGGUGCGGAUACGGCUGAGGCGGGUCCGUCUGCGGGGAAGAGGAAGGUGAGAGAAGAGGGGGCCAGACCGACUGCAGCACAGAAGAGGAUGAGACAGAACACAAUCACGGAGUCAUUCACUUCAAAGUGGCAGAUGGAGUUCAAGAAGAAGUGGCUGCGUUUUAUGUACAGUCAGCGUCUGCGUUCAACGUCUUCCGGAGCGAGUCGUGGUUGGAUGUCGUCCGACACUUAAGGGAUUUGUCGGGGCCAGUGAAGGUGUUGUGGCCUUCAGAGAAUGA